AUGUUGCCUUCACAGGAAGCCUCUAAAAUCUACCAUGACAAUUACAUGCGGAAUUCCAGAGCCAUCGGUGUGCUGUGGGCCAUCUUCACCAUUUGCUUCGCGAUUAUUAACGUGGUGGUUUUUAUCCAGCCUUACUGGAUCGGGGAUAGUGUCGACACUCCCUACGCCGGCUACUUUGGCCUUUUCCAUUACUGCAUCGGGACAGGCUUAAGCAGCCGGGAUUUAAUAUGCCAGGGAACCUUCUCCGACUUCUCCAGCAUCCCCUCGGGUGCCUUCAAAGCGGCAGCGUUCUUCGUGCUGCUCUCCAUGGUCCUGAUCCUCGGCUGCAUCACCUGCUUCGCGCUCUUCUUCUUCUGCAACACCGCCACUGUCUACAAGAUCUGCGCCUGGAUGCAGCUCCUGGCAGCUGUUUGUCUUGUGUUGGGCUGCAUGAUAUUUCCUGAUGGAUGGGACUCGGAAGCUGUGAGAAAGAUGUGCGGAAAUAAAACAGGGAAAUACACACUGGGAAACUGUUCUGUGCGCUGGGCCUAUAUCCUGGCUAUCAUCGGCAUCCUGGAUGCAUUAAUCCUCUCCUUCCUGGCAUUCGUACUUGGGAACCGACAAAAUGAACUCCUUCAGGAAGACCUAAAAGUUGAGAACAAAGGUGGGUUUGAAUUUUCUGUGGCUAAGUUAUUAAAGAUUGGCUGUUUAGAAAUCAGCCAGACAGCUUGUUUUACAACAAUGCCCAGUGUAUGCAUGUGGGGACCAAACAACAGACAGCCUUCCGAGCUAGCAUCUUCCCUGUAA